AUGGCUAGCGCUACCAAGAAGCGCGUGUCGUACUUCUAUCACCCCGAGGAAGGACAUUUCUACUAUGGUCCAGGCCAUCCCAUGAAGCCUCACCGCAUGAAGUUGGCGCACCACCUGGUCGUCAACUACGAUCUGUAUCGCAAGAUGGACAUCUUUGAGCCACACAUUGCGUCGGCUGAAGAGAUCAAAACCUUUCACGCACCUGAUUAUAUCGACUUUUUGCAGAAGAUUAGUCCUAGUAAUCAAAAAGAAUUGGCCUCUGAGCUGCAAAAAUACAACUUGGGCGAGCUGACGGAUUGUCCCGUUUUCGACGGCAUUUUUGACUUUUGCCAGAUUUACUCUGGCGGCACACUGGACGCUGUGAGCCGCUUGAACCAUGGACAGUGCGAUAUUGCGAUCAAUUGGGCAGGAGGUCUUCAUCAUGCUAAGAAGUCCGAAGGCUCAGGAUUUUGCUACGUGAACGAUAUUGUGCUAGGCAUUUUGGAGCUGCUCAAAUACCAUCCGCGCGUGCUUUACAUUGACAUUGAUGUGCAUCAUGGAGAUGGCGUGGAGGAAGCUUUUUAUGUCACAGAUCGAGUCAUGACUGUUUCUUUUCACAAAUAUGGAGACUUCUUUCCGGGAACGGGAGAUAUUAAGGAUAUCGGCGCCAAAAAUGGAAAGUAUUACGCAGUCAACUUCCCCUUGCUUAGCGGCAUGAACGACGAGAGUUACGAAAGUGUGUUUAAACCGGUUAUCCAGAAGGUAAUGGAGACGUUUUGUCCAUCUGCUGUUGUGCUGCAAUGUGGUGCGGAUUCGCUAACAGGAGAUCGCCUAGGAUGUUUCAACGUGACUACAAAAGGCCACGGAGAAUGUGUAAGAUUCGUGAAAAGUUUUGGCCUGCCAAUGCUAGUGCUCGGAGGUGGUGGGUAUACAAUUCGCAAUGUAUCACGAGCGUGGGCAUACGAAACGUCGAUUUUGCUCGACGAAGAAGUGUCCAAUAACAUUCCAUACAAUGAUUACUUCGAGUUCUACGCCCCAAAUUUUAAGCUUCACUUAGAACCUGAUCCCGAUCUUGAGAACGCCAAUUCUAGAGAAUAUUUGGACGAGUGCAAGCAAAAAAUAUUUGAAAAUCUUAGUGCGCUUACUGGAGCUCCAAGCAUUCAGAUGAAUCAAGCACCUCCAGUUUAUAUGUUGCGUGAAGAGGAUGAAGAUGCAGCAGACCCGGACUCACGUGCCGAAAAUGAUGGUAAACGACAGCAUGAAGCAGAAUUUUAUAAAGACGACAAGGACCAGCGAGGAAAUGCAGAAGUCGAAGCUGAUACCAGCGACAAUGCAAAAAACAGUUCUGUUCAGGUGGUAGAAGGAUUGGACAAUACGGCGCCGGAUGUUGUCCCGAUGGAUGUGGACUAG